GGAACAGCGGGCACCGAGUCGUCUGGCAAGACUGCGAGCACCGAGUCGUCUGGCAAGACUGCGGGUACCGAGUCGUCUGGCAAGACUGCGGGCAUCGAGUCAACUGGCGGAACAGCGGGCACCGAGUCGUCUGGCAAGACUGCGGGCACCGAGUCGUCUGGCAAGACUGCGGGCACCGAGUCGUCUGGCAAGACUGCGGGCACCGAAUCACCAGGCAUGACAGUGGACUCUGACUCAAUUGGCACGACAGCGGGCACCGGGUCAUUUGGCUUGCCAGCGGGCACCGCGUCAUCUGGCAAGGCAGUGGGCACCGGG